AUGCCAAAAGAGUGGAGAUUCGUCGUCAGUAAUCGGCCAAGCGCCCUCAAGGCCAACGCCGCGAGCAUUCGGGGCCAUGUCGCUUGCCAGGGUUGGAAAGCCCACAAGAAAUCUCGAGGCCAGAAACGCCGUCGGGGCCUGUCAGCGCUCAAAAAGACAACUUAUGAAUACGUAGCCGUGGACUGGCCAUCUUGUUGGGUUCCUCCCCUCGAGUACCAGCUCGGAGGUGGCCGAGUUGAUCCAUUCAGGGCUUACCCGGGAUCCCAGCAUCCUGCUAUUCCCGCCUUGCUAGAUCACUACCUUGUCCACAUGGCUGUUGACAUCCCCGAGCUAGACCAACCAGGCAAUGCCGGCCUUCUCCGCUCAAGCUGGUUCCCCCUCGUCAUAUCUGACGAAUGCCCAUUCAAAGUAAUCCUCCUUCUGGCAGCAUCCAAUGCCGUCGCAAUCAAUUACAAGCCAUAUGCCUCUUGCGAUCUCGUUCAGCUCCAUACCAACGCAAUCAAGGCCAUUAACAACGCUUUCGACAGCAGCGAGAAGCGCGUUUGCGACGCUCUAAUUGGCGCUGUCGCCAAGAUGGCGAGCUUCGAGGCGAUGCAUGGAGACAUCACGUCGUACCGCAUUCAUAUGGAAGGAUUGUGCAAAAUGAUCGGCCUUAGAGGUGGGCUGAAUCAACUAGGCCUCGAUGGCUUACUGCGACGGAUUGUUGUGUGGAUUGACAUCAACUCUUCGUUUCUGCUUCAAACUCCUAGGUACUUCCCCCAAGACGGCUUUGCAGUUGGAGAGGUCUGGGGGGAGCCGAAUCCAGAGCGAUUUAUCGCGCCGUAA